AAAUACAUUUUUGUGAACCUGCCAAAGACUUACGGAGACGACGAAGCUGUUAGAUGUAGCAGUUGUACGUAGACUAUCACUUUACAUGAUUUAGAGGCUAAUAACAAGAAAACUGACACCGGGAGCGUCAAAACACAAAUAAAAACACCGGCAAAUGCUGCAUAAGGAAAAAGCACCUGGCUUAGCAAGCUAAGGUUAGACCUGCUGGUGUUAUGACAGCUGACUACCCUGCCAAGGCUGAUAUGAUGUGCAGCAACUAAACAAAUAUUGAAGUGUGAAUAUCAGAUGCCCGGUCAACCUGAUGGCUUGAAACCCAGAAAGAGGAAGAGUAGCUCUGAGGUCAAAAGCUCCAGAAAGGCCUCUGCUACAAGGAGGAGAUGUACACAAAGUCCAAAGACACACUCGUCAGCAGAGAGCACAUCUGUAGUCGGUGGUUUAAGUAAAGUAGACGCACCUCAAGAGAGACUCUCCAGCAUCAGCUGCGAAUGCACUCUGACCGCAGGCCGGGGGAGAUGCCUGGCAUCACCGGAGCUCGAAGGACAGGAGGGCAAAGAGAAUGAACUCAAGACAGGGCUGGAUAUGGACAGCUGCAGAUUGAAUAAUACCUUUGACAAACCGGAGUCUGAGGACAUGGAAUGUGACGAUUCUGUCAGACACAUGUUCCCAGAUGACGACAGUAAUCAGAUUCUUCCUGUGGAGCAGUUCUUUGGAAACUUGGAUACAGUACAGGACUUCCCUCAGAGGUCAUCAGCCUCUUCUGCCCGUGUUCAGAGGGAGAACGGGAGACGACACUACUUUGCACUGGAGGACAGUGACGAAGAGGAGCUAGACUUCAGCACUAUGCAGAAAGGAGACGGAGGGGGCAUUCAGUGACAAGGAGCUGCACUAAUGAAUGUAGUGGACUCAUUGUCUUACCCUGUGGAAGGACAUUAAACCCCUCAGAACUGAGGAAAAAUCAGCCAAAUUAAACUUUUAAGUGGGAUUGAGGUUAGUGUUGACUUGCUGAAGCUAAAUACGCUUUAGGCCAAACAAACAGUAUCUGCCAUAAACUUGCUCUUAGUAGCUCACUAAGGGCUUAAGUGGCUUUUUUUUGCACUCAGAAAUCGAGCAUUAAAUUUGUUGUUAAACAUUUACCAAAAGUAUUUGCAGCAUGACGGUUAGCAGUUUGAAAGCAAGUCCUUGAUUGGCUGUCUAAAUACCAAAAACUGCUCUGUAGUAUUCAACCACUUACAAGUGGCAUGAUGUCAGAGUAAUAUUUCUGAUAUUUUUUAAGGUUGCCACAGUAAUGAUGCUCAUAGUCAUCAGUAAGGAACAUAUUUAGUGUGUAAAUACUACAUAUUGAUUUCAUAUUUAUAGAUUAAAUUCUGCCCCUGAAUCAGUCACCUUUGGUGUUAGCUCGAGCAGUGGUUUUUAACCGGUGGAGCGGGACCCAAAAGUGGGUCACUAAGCCCCUUUCAGUGGGUCGCAAAAGGACAUCUUGGAAAAAUAAUCAGUGUCAAAAAAUCUAAGAUGUGCUUUAAAAAAAUAUUGUUGUUUUCCUAACUCUUUGUUGUUGAACAUGUUUUAGUAUACAAUCUAAAUAGCACAAUUUUCAUUAAUAACAUUUGAGAGGUUAACUUUUUUCAGGAAUUUGGGUUGCAAUUUCUCAUCAAUGGGUUUGUGAUGGGUCCCGAGGCUCGACCAGUCAAGAACCACUGAGCUAGAGGGUGUGUUGGAAAAGCACUUUAUUUAAACUAAUCCGUCCACAGCACACCAUAAAAUACUUCAAAAUGUGAGGUCAAGUGUGCAGGUCGAGAAAUUAGUGUUGCCAAAUAGUGCUGGAUCAAAACAAAACAGGUCACUUGAGCUGUUCACAGUUUUUGUAGUAUUUUGUAUAUACGUUAAUGUGACAAUCCAAUCAAGGUGUUUUAUCAAAUGUUUUAUAUAUUUUUACCGCCUUAUUUAUGCCAAAAAAAAAAAGCUUUUCAUAUUCGUCUAUGCAACUUUGUGCCUCACUCUUCAAGCAUUGUAUAAUCAGUUCAUGCAGUUUACAUCAUUGUGCCAAUACAAGAACAAAUAAAUGUUUUUUCUCAUGAUUUCA